AUGGCCACUCCCGGCAAUGUCGCCAUCAUCCCGGAACGCCCCGCCGAAAAUGGAUACUGGAAGAACGAAUGGCAAGAUGUCUCGAACAAACUCAUGAACAUGCUAUUGACACUACGUCAAGAGACCGAGGGCGGCUGGGAGGAACGAGGCUCCACCAACGGCUGCGACAUCGCCAUCUACCCACGCAAGCAGGACGAUGCCUUCUCCGUCAUGCCCAUGUUUCGCGGCAAGACCCAUGCCACCGCAUUGACUCCACUCGAGGUGUUUACGGGCAUCCGAAUGACCGGCUUCCGAAUGAUGUGGGAUACGCGUGUUCAGUCCGCCCACAUCAUGCGCUCCUUUUCUAUGCACGAGUUCCUCUUCUACCUCGUCUGGCGUGGCAUCGGACCUAUCUACAAACCCAGAGACAUUUGUGGCAUCCAGGCGCUUCGCUGUUGGGACGCUGCGGGCAACCUGCAGAGGAUACCGGACUUCACCACCACCAACAUGAUCCUCGGCUAUCAGAGCUUGGACGAAGUGCCAGGCAUCCCGGCAGAAGUCGAGGGUUGCGUCAGGGCAAAGGUUUUCAAGGCCGCUUUCUACCUCGAGAGCCGCGACGGCGGUUGCGACAUCACCUACAUCGGCCACGUCGAUCUUGCGGCUGCCAUCCCCAACUACAUUCUGACCACCCUACACAGCGAGCUUCCCAAGAGCACCAUGCGUCUCAGAGACAUGCUCAUGACAUUCGGAGUGCCUCCCGUGCUGAUCGACCGACAGGGCAGGAUCGCACUCCAAUACCUCUCCUGCAACCCAGAGUCACGGCAGGUUUCGCUCCAUGCAACCAUCAUUCAGCCGGGCACAGUACAUCUCUAUCUGGACUACAACAAAAUGUUCACCCAGGGCGUCGUCAUCAGCAACAUACUAGGAUCAGCAGCAGCAGCAGUGUCGGUGAGGGAACACCUCGGUACGGAUGACGGGCUGGAAAGGCGCAUGCUGGCGCUCGAUCUUAUGCCCGAAGGUGUCGGUGGAGAGUUCAGGUUGAUCAUCGAUGCAGCGGAUAAGGAAGGCCCUGAAACAGGGACGGGACCGGGAUGGUGGUGA